GGUGCCGGCGCUGCCCGGCCGGGAUAAAGCUGCCCAGGCAGGCCUAGAAACAACCGGGCGCGGCACACGUACCACGCGGAAGCAGCCCGUCGGGGCGGGCUGCCUCUCCACACCGGGAGCAGUCUCGAUAGCAUCCAGCAAGGAUGGAUGUCAUCGGCCAGUACCUACCGACGAAGGACCAGGUCCAAAUCCGAUUCAUGCCCAACAAGACGCUGGUGAACAAGAUGCUCGGAUCGUUAAACCCGAACGGCCGCGACCUCGUUAUCGACGGCUGCGAUAGUAUUAGGAGAAGAGUCCGCAGUGAAGUCCCGGGCGUCGCGAAAAAAAACCUGAAAGAGCUCACAGAUGCAGGAGCGCUAGACGUCAUGAUUGAUGUAUUAAAACUUUGGAUGGAAGACGCGCCUGUCUCGGGCCGGUGCGAUCUCCGCGUUUUGAGGUGUUGCGGUGCCUUCGACGCGACUCGUCUUCAUGAGAGAAGACGGUGGGUAGUUUCUUUUUCGAGUUUGAGGCCGUUCGGACCGCGUCGAGACACCGCGAUGCUCCGCGCAUGACGUGGUCGCGGCGAUGGCGUCGAUGCGAUGCCGCGCCGCCUCGACGCCGUCGCCGCGGCCGCGCGAGAGGUCCACGCGUCUCGCGAGAGCGGGUCGCGUCGAUGGCGUCUUCACGAGACAGCGCCGCCGCGACGCCGUCGUCGUGAUCCACGAGAGUCUACGUGGUCAUCAGGACGCCAUCGACGCGAUACCACAUCGGACCGAGGCGAGCGACCGCGAUGCUCCGCGCAGGUGCGCGAAAGCGCUCAUGUGGAUCGUGCGGAAGUCGCCGACCGAUAGUGAAGCGGACCAACUGCUGGAGCUGGGUGGCUUGAAAUUAGCGGAGCGAUUGAAGGGUCUGCACCAGGACGACCUCGAGCUCCAAAAGUCCGCGAAGGAAUUGAUGAAGAUGCUACAAACUAGAGCGGGAGCGCUAGCAUGUAAAGAAAUCCGCAUCUGCAAGUUCUGCGCCGUGAACAACAUGGACAUGGACUCGGCGAAGCGGUUGGGGCAGUUGGUCAAUCCCUUCCAGCGCGAUGCUGGGUUAGGCUACUCGAGGAAGGACGCGAUGGUCCAUAAGAAGAAAGGGUCUGCUGAUAUAUCUGCAUUGGUCAAAAGAGUCCUGAACCACAUGCGCGAACAUCUCAAAGAUGAAGGGGUCCAGGAAUUCGGCCUCGAGGCAAUCAUAGAGUUCGCUUCCGACCACGACGACGGCGGCGCUCUACUCCAAGACAGAGCGGCGAAGUGCGUCGUUCUGGCGAUAGAGGCCCACCCGGAAGCCUAUAACGUCUCGUGGAAGGGCUGCGUCGCCGUCCAGACGAUGUGUCGCAAACUUAGUCUGUCUUCAGAGUUGGGCAAAGCCCAAGCUCUAUCAGCCCUAAAACAGGUCUACGAGGACUACAAGGACGACCGGGAAGUGCGCCAGCAGGCCGUCUGGGCCAUCGGGAGCAUGCUGAACGUGCCGGCCAAUGUUGAAAGGACUAAAAGAGCCAAUAUGUACACGCUCGUGCAGGACGUCGUGACAAGACUCGAGGAUCGCACCGUCGCGCCGGAGCAGAAGAUCGCAUUACCUCUGCCGUUGAGAGCGAUCUGGACGAACGAGCAGUUGCAUUCCAUCAAACUCACAAAAAUGGACGAGAAACGCCAGAGCGGCGAGACCGAGGCGAAGGCGACGCAGCAAAGACGGGCGCCUUUGCCUCGUAGAGGUGCCAAGAAAUUAGCAAGGGUCGACGACCAGUUCGCGGCGGGCGAACCUGGAUUGGUUGAUAGUCAAGAGUACCCCUUCCUGAAGAAGCCGGGCCUGGAGUUCUACACAACCAAAGAAAAGCGCAACGAGAUGUCGUUAUAUAAUCCAGACUAAUACAUGUAG